UUGUAUCUUCUUUUCUGGCUUAUCACCUUAACCUGUGCAUGAAGUUGAUCUGUUGAAACACUCAAACGAGUACCGAAGAGAUCGACAGUGUAUCAAACAUGAAGGUCGAAUUACAGUCCAGGAAACUGGUCAAGCCAUUGGAUCCGACGCCGGAUCAUUGCCGAAAGCUCGGCCUGUCCUUCAUCGAUGACCUUUCAUUUUCUAAUUAUGUUGGGGUCGUUUUCUGCUAUCGAUCUCACGAAAGAAGGCACGAGAUCAAUACUCUUCAGAAGCUUCACCGCUUGGAGGAGUCGCUUUCCGAAACGCUUACCCUCUUUUACCCUCUAGCUGGUCAGUACGUCGAAGACGGGCUAUUCAUCAACUGCAACGACCAAGGUGUAGAAUUGAUACAAGCCAAAGUGGAUGGCACUCUAGAUCAGCUCCUCCAGGGAGAUGUUUACCGCGACCUUCUCAGCUGCCUGUCAACAUUCCCGCCGCAAGCAGCAAACAGUCCACUGGUCAUAGUUCAAGCGAACAGCUUCGACUGCGGCGGAUUAGCAAUUGGCCUGAGCGUUUCUCACAAGAUAGGCGACAUGUACACCAUGGCCAUUUUCAUGAACUCAUGGGCCACUGCAUGUCGGAGCGGAAUCCACGAUGUAAUCCCGCCAAACUUCGAGCUGCCAUCUCUAUUCCCGGCAAAUGAACCCGCAUUCAGCCCAAUGCCUGCAUUCCCCCUCCGGAAAAAGUUUGCACUGGCUAGACUGGAAUUCAGCGGCCUAGCCUUGUUGAGACUGAAAGCUGCUUCCAAUGCUUCCAACUCACGGGUGGAAAUCGCAUCUGCGCUGAUAUGUAAGGCUCUUAUCAGCAUUGAUCGUGCCACGAAAGGCCUGCCGAGGCCUUCCGUGUUUGUCACCUCGAUCAACUUGCAUGAGAGAUUACAAUUAAAGAUCCCGGCGAACGCAUGCGGCAACUUCUUUGCUCACAUAAUCACUCCAUUUGCUGUAGAAAAGAGCGGGCCCACUUUCGAUGCAAUACUGCAUCUGAUAGGCGACGUGCAUAGGAAUGCGAAAUCGAAGUACGCGGCAAUCGCAGAUGCAAGCGAGUUGCGCUUGAUGGUGGCUGAUUCAUGGCGAGAUUACGUCAGUAUAUGGGGAAGAGAAGAAGCAAACCUGAUUCUGAUCAGUAGCUGGUGUAGAUUCCCAUUAUACGACAGUGAUUUUGGAUGGGGGACACCUGACUUGGUAAGCAAAACAAGCCCUCCUAUGAGGUCAGUUUUUCUUAUGGAUAGUCCAGUUGAUGGUGGAAUUGAUGCUUGGAUUACUCUAAACCAAGAUGAGAUGGUUCUUUUCAAGCAAGAUCCUGACAUUGUGGCUUGUACUUCCAAGCUACUACUUCCUAGAAGUGCUCCUAAUGGAAAAACCACCGAAUAAAAGUGAGUGUUUGCUCCCUCGU